AUGGCCCCCAAGUCCACCAAAGCUGCCGGCGCCCCGGCCCAUGGCUACGAAUUCUUUGGCCCUCCCGGCGCCGCAGGCAUUUCAUUUGGUCUCCCGAUCCUCUGCUAUGUCUUUACCUUUGUCUGCAACGACAUCUCCGGCUGCCCCGCGCCAUCGCUUCUCAGCCCCAAGACGUUCUCUCUCGAUCAGCUCAAGCGCGAGGCUGGCUGGCCUGAAGAUGGCAUCUGGGGCCUUGCCAGCUGGAAGGCUAGCGCUGCCAUGGCUGCCUACUACCUCCUCAACUUGAUUCUGUACCGCGUUCUCCCCGCCCAAGAGGUAGAGGGCACUGUCCUUGCUACAGGAGGACGUCUCAAGUACCGCUUCAACACUCUAUACUCCAACACUCUCACCCUUGCUCUUCUUGCUGCCGGUACCGCCGCCCAGGGCGCCAACUUUCCCGUCUGGGUCUUUAUCAGUGAAAACUACGUCCAACUUCUGACAGCCAGCAUCAUCAUUGCAUACAGUCUCUCUACCUUUGUCUAUGUGCGAAGCUUCAGCGUCAAGGCCGGCAAUGUGCAGAACCGUGAGCUUGCUGCGGGCGGCCACACAGGCAACCUGCUCUACGAUUGGUUCAUUGGCCGUGAAUUGAACCCCCGCGUCACUAUCCCCCUCAUUGGCGAGGUCGACAUCAAGGAGUGGUGCGAGCUGCGUCCUGGCAUGAUGGGCUGGAUCAUUCUAAACUGCUCCUUUUGUGCCCAGCAGUACCGCAACUUCGGACAUGUCACUGACAGCAUCAUCUGCAUCACCAUUGUUCAGGCUCUGUACAUCAUCGACUCGUGGGUGUUUGAAGCCGCCAUCCUGACAACCAUGGACAUCACCACCGACGGUUUCGGUAUGAUGCUGGCCUUUGGCGACCUCGUCUGGGUUCCAUUCGUCUACUCUCAGCAGACCCGCUACCUCUCCAACCAUCCGCUCUCUCUGGGCCCAAUCGGACUGGCAGCCAUGCUUGCACUUAUUGGUGUUGGAUUCUUCAUCUUCCGCUCGGCCAAUCUUGAAAAGAACAACUUCCGUAACAACCCUAAUGACCCCAAGGUUGCUCACCUCAAGUUCAUCCAGACCAAGACGGGCAGCAAGCUGCUUACAUCCGGCUGGUGGGGCGUAGCCCGCCACAUCAACUAUCUUGGCGACUGGAUCCAGUCCUGGCCCUACUGCCUUCCCACCGGCAUGGCCGGCUACCAGAUACUGGCCGCUGGUAGCUGGGCUGGUGAGGAUGCGUAUGUAAUGCAGGAUGGCCGCCAGGUUAUCCAGGGCAAUGCCAAAGGGUGGGCUAUUCCCAUUACGUACUUCUAUGUUGUGUAUUUUGCAGUUCUCCUGAUUCACCGGGACCGCCGCGAUGAUGAAAAGUGCUACCGUAAGUAUGGAGACGACUGGGUCAAGUACAAGAAGGUCGUUCGCUACCGCAUCAUUCCAGGUAUUUACUAG